AUGGCGCACGACGGCGCAGUCGUGGACCCUAGGAGCGGGUUCUGCCAGUCGAAUUCCAUCUUUUAUAGCAAGCGCCGUUCGGUUCUGCUUCCCUCCGUCCCCUACCUCGACGUGACUACCUACAUCGCCUCCCGCCCGCACACCGGCAAGGUCGCCCUCGUGGACGCCUCCACCGGCCGCAAGAUCACGUACCCAGAGCUGUGGCGGGCAGUGCACGCCGUCGCCGCCAGCCUUUCUCAAAGCCACGGCGUCCGCAAGGGCGAUGUGGUCCUCAUCCUGUCGCCGAACUCCAUCUACUUCCCGGUGGUCGCCCUUGCCGUCAUGUCAAUUGGCGGCGUGCUCACCACCACCAACCCGCUCAACACGCCGGGAGAGAUUGCGAAGCAGGUGUCAGACUCCAAGUCCCGGUUUGCCUUCACCACUUCCGCCUUGCUCUCCAAGCUCUCCACCGGCGCCGCCGCGUGCCUCCCCGUCGUCAUUCUGGACUCCGAUGCCGAGCCCCCGCGUGACUCGCGGGUCGUUUCCAGCAUUAAGGAGAUGAUGGCGAGCGGCUCGGGCCGCCGUGCUGCGUACGAGCAUGUGAGCCAGGACGACACGGCCACGCUUCUGUACUCGUCCGGAACGACGGGGGUGAGUAAGGGGGUAGCGUCGACUCACCGGAAUCUGAUAUCGAUGACGGAGAUCAUCAUCAACCGAUUCAAGCUGGACGGUUCAGUCGGCGGCAAUAACCACGUCUUCCUCUGCACGGUGCCGAUGUUCCACAUCUUCGGCCUUGUGGCCUUCGCGACAGGGAUGCUGGGGUCUGGGUCGACAGUGGUGGUGCUGUCCAAGUUCGAGAUGGGGGAGAUGAUGUCCGCCAUCGCGACCCACCGCGUCACCUAUCUGCCCCUGGUGCCACCGAUCCUGGUGGCUAUGACCCAGCACGCGCAGGCGAUCCGAGCCAAGUACGACCUGAGCUCGCUGAAGUCGGUGCUUUCAGGCGGCGCGCCGCUGAGCAGGGAGGUCAUCGAGGGGUUCGCAGAAAAGUACCCGGGGGUGGAGAUCCUGCAGGGAUACGGUCUAACGGAGAGCACCGGAAUUGGUGCAUCGACGGACUCAGCGGAGGAGAGCCGGCGUUUCGGCACGGCGGGGAUGCUGUCGCCGAACACGCAGGCCCGGAUAGUCGAUCCGGACACUGGGGAGUCCCUCCCCAUGAACCGCUCCGGCGAGCUGUGGCUCCGUGGGCCUUACGUCAUGAAAGGUGAGGACGUCGGAGCCCUCCAUGACUGAGAAUUCUUUUGAUAGAUGGGGAAAUUGGGGAGAUCUGUAACGGCUGCUUCGAUUUUGCAGGCUACUUCAGCAACCCGGAGGCGACAGCGUCGACGCUGAACUCGGGGGGGUGGCUAAGGACGGGAGACCUCUGCUACAUAGACGAGGAUGGGUUCCUCUUUGUGGUUGAUCGCCUCAAGGAGCUGAUAAAAUACAAGGGAUACCAGGUACCCUUCUCCUCCUCUCCUUGUACUGGCUUUCAAUUCCACUACCUCCCUGACCUGUGAGAGACCCACUCCCUCCCCCGGCGGCCUAUGCAGGUCGCUCCGGCGGAAUUGGAAGCGUUGCUGCACACACAUCCAGACAUCCUCGACGCCGCCGUCAUACCGUAAGUGACCAUCCCCUUCUCGCUCCUCCCCUGGGCCACUGCCGCGCUCGACGCUGAGAUGCCUCCUGCGCGCUGAGCUUGCUGCAGGUUUCCUGACAGGGAGGUCGGUCAGUUCCCAAUGGCAUACGUCGUGAGGAAGGAAGGGAGCCGCCUGUCGGAGGCCGAGGUGAUGGACUUCGUCGCCACGAAGGUGGCGCCGUACAAGAGAAUCCGGAGAGUUGCUUUCGUGUCCGCCAUCCCAAAGAACCCCUCCGGCAAGAUACUGAGGAAGGAUCUCAUCAAGCUCGCCACCUCCAAGAUCUGA